CGCUGGAGGAGGCUCCGCAGUAGUGGCACCGGUGGCAUCUCUUUCGCAUCCCCCCCCUCUCUAUGUGCAUCUCUCCGAGUGGCGGGACGCGAGGAUGGCGAUAGACCGGCGACGUGAGGCGGGAGGGGGCAGCGGGCCGAGACGCCACCAGCCUCCGCUGGAGGAGAACGGCUCCCUGCCGGCUGGGGAGGCUGCGGCUGCAUCUGCCCCACUGGGGGGUCCGGCUGUCGACCUGGGGGACAUCCAGACUCUGCCGCCUCUCCCGGCCCCUGCGGGCCCCGGAGGCGCCCAACAGGCCAGCUGUUGUUCCUCGUCCUCAGCACCGAGUCCUUUGCUGCUGGACUAUGACGGGUCGGUGCUUCCCUUCCUCGGGGGUCUGGGCGGGGGCUACCAGAAGACGCUGGUGAUCCUCACUUGGAUCCCAGCGCUGUUUAUCGGCUUCAGCCAGUUCUCGGACUCUUUCCUCUUGGACCAGCCGGAAUUCUGGUGCCGGGGGUCCCAGGAAGGAGCUGGUUUCGUGGGGGCCACAGCCACUGGCAGAGUGGGCAUCGGUGACUUUGGGAACUGGACUAAUACCCCAGCAACCUUCUCCACGACCACCUGGAGACCUGCGAGCAACCUGAGCAAUAGUAGCCUGGGAGGAGCGGAGGUGGAUUACACGCUACCUCUGCAGCCUCCUCCCGACAAGGAAGACCACAACUCCAGUAACUGCCAAUGCCACCAAUGGCACUACCGCAUCCGAGCCGGUCUUGUCCAAAAUGUAGUCAGCAAGUGGGAUCUUGUGUGUGACUCUGCCUGGAAGGUCCAUAUUGCUAAGUUUUCCUUACUGGUUGGUCUUAUCUUUGGCUAUCUAAUAACUGGAUGUAUUGCUGACUUGGUUGGCCGGAGGCCGGUGCUGCUCUUUUCCAUCAUAUUCAUUCUGAUCUUUGGACUGACUGUGGCGCUUUCAGUGAAUGUGACAAUGUUCAGCACCCUCAGGUUUUUUGAAGGAUUUUGCCUGGCUGGAAUAAUCCUUACCUUGUAUGCACUGAGAAUAGAACUUUGUCCUCCUGGACAUCGGUUCAUGAUCACAAUGGUGGCAAGCUUCAUAGCUAUGGCAGGGCAGUUCCUUAUGCCAGGCUUGGCAGCCCUCUGCAGGGAUUGGCAAGUUCUCCAGGCUCUCAUCAUCUGCCCUUUUCUCCUGAUGCUUCUCUACUGGUCUAUUUUCCCAGAGUCCCUCAGGUGGCUAAUGGCCACACAGCAGUUUGAGCCAGCGAAGAAAUUGAUCCUGCACUUCACACAGAAAAACCGCAUGAAUCCUGAGAGUGAUAUCAAAGGAGUGAUGCCUGAAUUGGAGAAGGAGCUUUCCAGGAGGCCCAAGAAGGUUUGCAUUGUGAAAGUGGUGGGGACGAGAAACCUAUGGAAAAACAUUGUAGUCCUGUGCGUGAACUCGCUGACCGGGUUUGGGAUCCACCACUGCUUUGCUAGGAGCAUGAUGGGCCACGAGGUGCCACUGCUCACCAACUUCUAUGCUGACUACUAUACCACAGCGGGCAUAGCCUUAGCUUCCUGCCUGGCCAUGUGCUUGGUGGUCAGGUUCCUGGGCCGCAGGGGCGGGCUGCUGCUGUUCAUGAUCCUCACAGCCCUGGCCUCCCUUUUGCAGCUCGGCCUCCUCAACCUGAUUGGAAAAUACAGUCAGCAUCCAGGCUCAGGAAUGAGUGAAAAAGUCAGAGAGAGAUUCUCCACCACAUUCUCCAUCGUGGGUAUGUUCGCCUCACACGCGGUGGGGAGCCUCAGCGUCUUCUUCUGUGCAGAGAUCACCCCGACAGUCAUAAGGUGCGGAGGCUUGGGCUUGGUCCUGGCCAGUGCGGGCUUCGGAAUGCUGACUGCCCCGAUCAUAGAGCUGCACAACCAGAAGGGCUACUUCCUGCACCACAUCAUCUUUGCCUGCUGUACCCUCAUCUGCAUCAUCUGUAUCCUUCUCCUGCCAGAGAGCAGGAACCAGAACCUGCCCGAGAACAUCCUCAACGGCGAACAUUACACCCGGCAGCCCCUCCUGCCCCACAGGAAGGGAGAGCAACCCCUCCUGCUCACAAACUCAGAACUCAAGGAUUACUCGGGCCUCCACGACGUGGUCGCCAUGGGGGACGGGCUGCCGGAAAACGCCACAGCAAACGGGAUGAAGUCCAUGUAACUGGGCUGGCUUUGUCACUUCAGGAGAGGGAGCCCUCAGGGGUCGGGUUUUCUUUUUUUGUCUGGCACAGGUUUACAGACCUGUAAAGACGGCAGGUACGGCCAACUCCAGAAAGGAAAGGAAAGGUCAAAUCCGCUGCUAAAGCCACUUAAUCACAGGACACUUUCAACUGGUGUGAGGAAAUUUCUGCUGACUGGAAAGCAACAAGAUGGUGUAUUUGAGGAAAGGAACUGGCUGGAGAGAUCCCUUCAAAGACUUUCUUUUUUCUGCCAUUAAAUGUUUGUAUUUAUUUUGGUCAUUUUUACAAGAAGCACUUUAUUUCCUUUUCCUCUCAUUAAUCACAAAAUACAAUGACCCUUCUCUUAAGAAGAGGCACAGCCAUUCCAAGGAAGAGACUUUUCAAAACAAACAAACCAAACCUAAGGAGGCAUCUUUUCUAGAGAAGAUGAAAACACAACUACUACCCAGAAGAGCAAAAAGUGAUUUCUCCCCGUCCCCAAACCCUAAGGCGGCUGCCGGCUGUUGCAUAAGCAAAUGACACUGUUGUGAAUUAAACUGUGACUGCAUUUUAGAUGGGGGGGGGGGGGGUAUAAAAUUCAUUUGGUUUUGAUGGUGAGUCUGUAUGUGGUUUAAAACAAAAGAAGCAUCAUUUUCUACAUGUAAGGUAAGACUUUCCCAUUUCAUAAUUAGAGCAAGCAGUUCAUAAAUCCCAAUAAAGCAGGUAUGUGGGUCUUCUUUCAGGAUGGUUCUUUUGUAUUAAAUAAUGGCUUCUGAAGCUCCUUUGGAAAAGAUCCCAAGCAUUUCACUCAAAAUGAAGACAAACCAAUGGCUGUGGACCCAGUUUUCUGAUGCCAGGGCUGCCUAAUGAAGCGGUUUACUGGGGCAGGACAUGGCAUCAAGAACCUGAGACUCAUGCCCCCUACCCAGAUGCCUUUCAGCUAAAGUCUCCCUCCAUCGUUAGCAGGAUCAGCUGCAGACAGACUCAACUUGAAAGAAGAGUGGCUACUUUCUAAUCCUCAAAUGAUAAUGAAAAGUGAUGCUGACGAUGAUAGUAAAUGAACAGAGGGAGGCGGUACAAAAACCUUACCAGGUAUACAUGUUUAGAGCACACACCCUGGGGGAAAACACUUGCUUAUGUUUUACUAUCGACUAUUCAUUGACGAUUUUCUGACCCGUGGGUUAGCCUCCAGGUGGCUUCUCCCAAUCUUUUGUCAGGGCACAAGCAGGGCAGGAACGAGAGCUGAAACUCAAAUUGGUCUGUUUUCUAUUCAGAUCCUUCACCCCACCCCACCCCACCCCAUAAAAAUGAGAGAAAGAGAGGGAGGAUAGAAAAAGUAAAUCCUACAUAAUAAAAAAAAUAUUUUAAAAUAAAAUCAACACUGGAUUUUAAUUCUACCCUCCCCCCCCCCCAGCCCCUAAAAAAAAAUCUCAUGGGUACUUCUAACUAUUGUAUGCAUAUGGAGGCCACUUCCCAAAAUGCACCUUCCCAAAAUUUAUCCGCAGAUUCACUGGCCUUCUGUCAUUAUAAGCCAUCCCCAGUGUAGGGAUGGAUGUAGCAGUCUUGUGGGAUGGUUCCCCCAAUGACGUUAAAAGUUAGCCACUAAAAUCUCGUGUCCUAUUUUAGCCCACUAAAAAAGGAACUUUGGGGGUACUCAAAUGUGAUGCCCCUUUGUAGUAACAGCAAGCAAUUAACCUACUAACCCCAUUUCCACACAGCUCCACAGAUGCCUAAUUAUUGACAACCUUUGAUUCUUAACUUGGUCAAGCUCAGAGAAAGAUCAAGCUGAAGUUUUUUUCCUGAGCAAGAAGUUUUGGGUUGUUUUUUUUUUCUGUCCUAGUCGACACCCCGUGUUAUGUACGUCUUUGUCCUGGGGCAAAGUUAGUUCUUCCAAUGGUCUAAGUGCCAGAAUGGGCACGAUGUAUUAGGCAGCCACAUUUCUGCCAACUACUAUGUAGCUUGAUGUUGAGGGACCCAGAAAAGGGGUUCAUUUGUUCUCCGUUUUCUCACCCUAGCCCCUCACCUCAUCCCUGUGCCUGCUGUCGACACCCACCGCCCUUUGUCCUCCUAAAGUGGCCCGGUGGGACGAACAGUAGGUAGCGCGGAGUGACCUGUUCCUCAGUGCCCUCGGUGAGAGAAGGCACCGGGCUGGAGAGGGCAGGGGAGGUGUGAAUCGAAGAAGAAAAAAGGCAGACCAAAGUGGAGAAUGUUUUCUAAACUGUGUCUGAAACAAAAAGCCUACUGCUGCCAUGGAGAAAGAGGACACACAUCUGGGUUCUUAAAAAACUCUCCCAAGAAACACUGGAGCAGGUGAUGGACUUUAAAAAAGAAACCCAGUAAUAACUGAUCAACGGGGAACGAUGGGCUGUUGUUACACAGCUGAUCUGUAUGACUGUUCUUACCCUCUGUAGUUGCUCGUAUGACUUAAAGUUGGGUCUCCUUUGUUCCAUGUUGCAAAUUUUCAGUCUGCAUUCACCUUGAAAAAGGCCUUUCUUUAGAUGUGUGCAGUCUUCACGUGCCAAACUUGUGAAAUACCUUUUGCCUUUUAUAGAGUACUUGCGACAAAAUCACAUGGCAACAAAAUCCAUGUAAGUAUAUGAAAAAUACAGACGUGGCCUUGAAGCAAGAGCAUCAGACACAAGAGGGAAGGGGCAGUCAGCAAGAGCUCUUUGGACCACAGACUGGACAUCUGGGCACCUAUCCAUGUGUGUGCUUGCACGCACACACACACACACUCAGAGCUGGUACACCUUGCAAUCCAUUUACUGUAACAGCUUUUUAGUUAACAAGCAUUCUUGAAACUGCGGUCUAAAUCCCGUGGAUUUUUUUCAGAUUACACGUAUUCAAGCUGUCCAUGCUCCUGAGCUGCCUGUCAUCUCUUGGAGUCAUACACAGUGCUUUAUAGAGCCCCUCUUGUUUCAGGGUCUCUACUCUCUUAACUUGGAAAAAUAACAAAAGACAACAUCCAAGAAACAGAGCCAAUGAACAGAAGGAAAAAAUAACAAUAAAACAUAUCAAACAACAGGAUGGAUUCAUGACAGGAAUUUAAAAGCGGCAGGAGUUAAAAGUGGAGUCCUGGCUCUUUUCUGGCUUUCGAGGCUGAGGGAUGAUGGAGAAGGCAGAGGAAAGGAGGGAUUUUUUUCCCCCACUCUGCCUGACUAUAAUGAAGUGAACUUGCUAGGAACCUAGUAGGUGGCACAUAUCUCAACUAGGGUAUCCCACUAUCCGAUUUUGUUGGUACAUCCCUCUCAAAGCUCACCCAGGGUGAAAGGGCCAGGCUUUAACUCCUUCUUUUAGUGGCAUCAUCAGCUGGGAAAAGUUUUCAGUGCCAGCUAAAUAUUUUUACUGAAAUGUAGCCAAUGCAGAAGAACCUCUCUCUCUGGAGAGCCCAGGAAAGUAAGGUACGAGGCAGCAGGGGCAGAGAGAAGGGCAUUUGGCCCCCAAAUCGCUUCUGCCCCACUCUCUGUACAGAUGGGUGCUCUGGCAGCUACUUAAUGACUUGUCUGUCAAACUUGAAAACUACUCAAUCUUGUUUCCUUCCUGGUCGACACAAAGGAAACGCUUUUCUCAGGCGACUUGCUGCUUCCAGUCAGCCUCCUCUUCCCCUCUCCCCCAUAGAAAGCAUUCAAAGAUGUACUUGCCAGCUACCUACAUGCAAACCCAUUCCAUUCUGAAACUUCAUUAGUUAGAUCUUCAACCACCAGGAGGCUCUGUCUCACCUCCUUUGUCUCCCUUCUUCCAAAUGAUUAAUGCACAAAUGCAUUUCAUCCCCAUCCUCCCUGUCCCCAUCACCCAUUGCAUCCACCCAUCCCAUCUUCAGGUUCUCAAGGAUGCUUUGUGCAAUCAAGCACCAUAGUCUGUUCCUGUUUUCUAAGAGGCUGGUUGGCCAUUGACACACUGGCAACAUUGGAGAGGGGGUGGCGUGGUUGGUUUCUUUGGUCACUGAGCAGGAAAAUGCUAAUGAUACACAAAAGGAAGUAUCCCACUUAAACCCCGAUACUUCCUAGAGCCAAACUCUGACAUCACAGAACUGGAAGCAGGAGCGCCAUGAAAUGGACUUUGAAUGUCACUCACAUCACCUCUAGCCUCUGGAUGGCUCCCAUGACAGUGCAUCCUGCACUGCAACUGCUACUCUUGGUCUUUUUUUUUUUAAUUUCUAAUGACAAAACCUCAUUUUAAUGUAGUGUAUAAAAUGUUUUGGGGAAGGAAUAUGGUGUAAUGUCUAGUGGGUGAGCUCUCCUUCCUUUCUCCCUUCCCCUCCUUCCUCCCUCCUUUCCCCUGCCCCAAUUCCCUCAGUUUCUGAUGAGGCUCUAAUUAAAGAAUUGUUACUGUAUGUUGAUCAUUAGUCUGGUGGUGCUUACCCAUAGCACAAGCUUAAAUCAAAUACUGAAACUGUCUUACAAGCUAAGUGUCUGCAUGAUGUUACAUCUGUUGUACCUACUGAGAAAUUUGUAUGUGAAUGUACAGAAAUAAAAAAACAAAAAAUGUUGCCCCAUUA